GCCGCCACAGCCUCGCGCAGCCCUGGCUCGCCGCUGCCGCCGUCCCCACCUUGCCCCUCCGCCCCCGCCCCUCUGCGAGAGCCUCCGGCCGCUCUGCUGACCGACGACCUCCCCCGGCCGCUCCCUCGGGGGAUCCUCCCUUCUGACAUCUUUCGGAGGCUCCGCGGAGGAGAGGGAAACGAGGUCCGCCUCUGCUUGAACUCGGUUCGCAGGCGUCGCGGCCGUGUCCGAAAGCCCCGACCCCGCUCGUCACCUUGUCACGGAUGCCUUAGCAUCACGAGAGUCCAUCCCUGACGCCUUCUUAGAUAUCUUUACCUAACUGUUAAGGAGGAAAUCUUUUUAUUUAUUUAUUUUUAACGUGGACUGAACGUGAUAAACGUGGCGUCUCAGAUUUCAGAGAGGAACGUGUCUUGGUGUACUGACCUGAGUAAAAGAACUGUUUGCAAUCGCCUGUCAGUCCAAGAAAAUCACGUGCUGGUGUUUCAUCGCAGUUUAAGACUUAACCUUGCAGGCCACAUGUCGGACUUCAUUUUGGAAGACAUGGAUCUUGCUGCUAAUGAGAUCAGCAUCUAUGAGAAACUUUCAGAGACUGUUGAUUUGGUGAGACAGACAGGCCAUCAGUGUGGAAUGUCAGAGAAGGCAAUCGAAAAGUUUGUCAGACAGCUGCUGGAAAAGAAUGAGCCUCAAAGAGGACCACCCCAGUACCCUCUCCUGCUAGCCGUGUAUAAGGUCCUCCUAACUCUGGGAUUAAUCUUGUUCACUGCCUACUUUGUAAUUCAACCUUUUAGCUCAUUAGCACCUGAGCCAGUGCUUUCUGGAGCUCACACCUGGCGCUCGCUCAUCCAUCAUAUUCGGCUGAUGUCCUUGCCCAUUACCAAGAAGUAUAUGCCAGAGAAUAAGGGCAUUCCUCUGCGAGAGGAGGACAAGCCCUUACCAGACUUGGACCCCUGGUCAUCAAAUGAUUGUGAGCAGAACAAGUCAGAGCCCAUCCCUGCCAACUGCACUGUCUGUGCCCAGAUAUUACCCCUCAAGGUAACGCUCCCAGAGGAUAUGCCGAAGACUUUUGAGAGACUCCGUCCUCUGGUGAUCAAGACUGGACAGCCUCUGUUGUCUUCAGAGAUUCAGCGUUUCUCAUGCCAGUAUCCUGAGGCCACAGAGGGCUUCACCGAGGGCUUUUUCACCAAGUGGUGGCGCUGCUUUCCUGAGAGGUGGUUCCCAUAUUCUUACCCAUGGAGAAGACCUCUGAACAAAUCACAGAUUUUACGGGAGCUUUUUCCUGUUUUUACACAACUUCCAUUUCCAAAAGACACCUCCUUAAACAAAUGCUUCCUGAUCCAGCCGGCACCUGUGGUGGGUAGCAAGAUGCAUAAGGUACAUGACCUGUUUACUGUUGGCAGCGGGGAAGCCAUGCUGCAGCUCAUCCCUCCCUUCCAGUGCCGGAGGCACUGUCAGUCGGUGGCCAUGCCCAUAGAGCCUGGGGAUAUUGGCUAUGCCGGUGCCGCCCACUGGAGGGCCUACAUUGUAGCCAGAGGGACGCAGCCUUUGGUCAUCUGCGAUGGAACCACUUUCUCAGAACUAUGAGAAACAACUGCCCGAAGAGCUGAAAACCAGGCUGAGAAGAGUGGGGAGGGGGAAUAAAGAUGCUGAAACACUU